AUGGCUGUUAUCUCCACUUCACAGGGUGCAGACUCUGCCCUGCACUGCCACGGGGGGAGUGCAGAGGAUGGGGCCGCCCCCAUAAAGGCCGAGCUGGCGAGACUUUACAACUCAGCGAAUUUGGGAGCAGAGAGGGAGAGACCACCUAAAGGUGUGCCUGUGAAUCAGCUAAGCCUGGGACCCCUUCCUUGGACCUGGACACCCUCGGAUGAGCUGGAGCCUCAGGAUCCACGGCCGAAGGUGAAAGAAGCCAGCCUAGCCGAUGCUGAUGGAGCCCAGGCUUCACCUCGGCGGGGGGCCAUCAGCCCCAUUCCCCAGCUCCUGCCCCCCACAGAAGAGCACCCCAAGAUCUGGCUACCUCAGGCCCUGAGGCAGACCUACCUCCGGAAGGUUGGAGACACUCUGAAUCUACUAAUCCCGUUCCAGGGCAAACCCCAACCUCAAGCUAUCUGCAUGCAUGACGGCUGUGCCUUGGACGCCAGUCAUGUGAGCAUGCGGAAUAGGGAGCAGGACUCCAACCUCUUCAUCCGAGAGGCCCAGCGUGCUGACUCAGGUCACUACCAGCUCCGUGUGCAGCUGGGCGGGCUGGAGGCCACCACCACCACUGACACCCUGGUGAUCGAGAGGCCAGGCUGUCCACAGAGUAUCAAGUUGGUGGAUGUCUGGGGCUCCAGCGCUACCCUGGAGUGGACUCCGCCCCAAGAGGGGAACACAUUCCUGGGAUACGCGGUGCAGAAGGCUGACACCAAAUCUGGGCUGUGGCUCAUGGUGCUGGAGCGCUAUCACCGCGCCAGCUGCACAGUCUCCGACUUCAUCAUCGGCAACUCCUAUGCAUUUCAAGUCUUUGCUGAGAACCAGUGUGGGCUCAGCCAGACAGCCUCUGUCACUGCCGACCUGGCCCACAUCCAGAAAGCAGCUACUGUUUACAAGACCGAGGGGUUUGUCCAGUGAGACUUCUCAGAAGCCCCGAAGUUCACCCAGCCUCUGGCAGACUGCACUACAGUCAUUGGCUGUGACACCCAGCUCUUCUGCUGCGUCCAUGCCUCCCCCAAGCCAAAGAUCAUCUGGCUAAAGAACAAGAUGGAUAACCAAGGCAACCCCAAGCACAGAGCCCUCACUCACCUGGGAGUCAGCUCCCUAGAAAUCCACAAGCCCGGCCCCUUUGAAGGGGGCAUCUACACCUGCAAGGCCGUUAACCCCCUGGGGGAGGCGUCAGUAGCCUGUCGGGUGGAUAUGAAAGGAAGCCUGUGGUGA